AUGACGAACCUUCGAAAGGCAUUCAUUGCCGCCAUUGUAAAGAGCUUGCUUCGAGGCAAGUCUCUAAUACAAGCCUUACUCUCCUUCUGGGUCAACCCUGGCAUAGCCGAGGGUGGCAAAGGGAACUCAACAAAAACGCUACAAGAUUUUCUCAAAGAUGCCGAGGCUGCGCUCCUCGGUCCUGUUAGUGGCAAUGGUCUCCAGGAGCUUUCCGCAGGCUUAAAGAAGCAAUUUGUUGAACGCUUGCAAAUAGAUGAACAAUGCAUGUUGCCUUCUUAUAGCCAUCAGCUGCCGUUGGGCAGCGAAUGUGGACAGUACCUGGCUUUGGAUGUUGGUGGUUCGACUCUGAGAGUCGCUGUGGUGGAAUUGCGAGGUCGUCGGGUGGAUGCUGACAAGCAGAGUGAAAUCAUCAGCAUGCACAACUACCGGAUUGGCAAGGAUGUCAAGGAUCUAGAGGGAAUGGACUUUUUCAACUGGAUGGGCCAGAAGAUUGCCGAGACGCUUGCCGAGAGUGGUCAACAUGAGAAUUCUGAGGCGAAGCCUCUUCCUAUUUCUUGUGCUUGGAGCUUCCCGAUUGAACAAACUUCCAUGGGGAGUGGCAAGCUCCUCCCAAUGGGUAAAGCAUUCUUGGCAGACCGAGGCUUGUUGGGUGAAGAUCUUGCUGGAAUUAUCAAGCAGGCUUGCAAGCAGUCUGGUCUUCACGUUGAACUGCGAGCCCUCUUAAACGACUCUAGUGCUUGCCUGUUGUCACGAGCCUACUCUUACACGUCUACUCGAUUUGGUCUUAUUCUGGGCACGGGUGUCAACUUGGCGGCGUACAUGCCCGUCCAGAGUGUCGGCAUGAAGAAGUUUGGAGUACGACCCAAGGGUUGGUAUGAGGAGGCUAACCACGUCAUUGUUAAUACGGAACUAGGAAUGUUUGGCCACAACAUCUUGCCGCUGACAAGAUGGGAUCAUGCGUUAACCAAGCAGCAUCCUCGCCCCGAUUUCCAACCCCUCGAGCAUCUUGUUAGCGGCAUGUACCUUGGCGAGAUUGUCAGACUGGCACUUCUUGAAGCUAUUGAAACCACUGGGCUACUUGGUGGUGUUGUGCCUCAUUCUUUGAGGACUGGUUACUCCCUAGGCACGGACACGAUUUCUAUGAUUGAAAGCGACACCUCCCCAAACCUCGAGGAGGCCAUAAAGACCUUUUCGGAUCGACACCCAUCAUCAUAUACACCCACUAGCUCCGAUCUUAUUGCUAUCAAAGCCCUUUCAUCAUUUGUUUCUAUUCGCUCCAGCGCUCUUGUCGCUACUUGUGUCUACACGCUAUGGGACCUGCGUCUGGAUUUUGAGCAACAAUAUGUCGAUACUUUGCUCGAGUCGUCCCCAGAGCGUAAGCGUGUUGAGGAUGAUAUGAAACUGGAGAGCACUACGGUUGCGUUCAACGGUAGUGUGAUCGAAAAUUAUCCUGGAUACCUCGCAAACUGUCAACGUUAUUUGGAUGAGUUGAUCGAGAGCAAAUGCUCACCUGAACCACGAAGUAUUCGUCUCAUUGCGGCUAAGGAGAGCUCAUUGUUGGGGGCUGCCGUUGCAUUGGCAUGCGUUGAGCGAGGUGAUUGA